AUGGCUUCCUCUACCAUGCGCUUUGGUGAAGGGGUGACCAGAGAGGUGGGUCAGGAUCUGGCCAAUAUGAAAGCGCAAAAGGUGCUUGUCAUGACCGAUCCCAACAUUGCAAAGUUGCCUGUAAUGAAGACUGUAGUCGAGUCUCUCAAGGCGAAUGGUGUCCCAUUCGUAAUCUAUGACCGUACAAGGGUCGAACCAUCCGACCAAAGCUUCCAGGACGCCAUUGACUUUGCUAAGCAACAUAAACCAGACGUCUUUUUGGCAGUAGGUGGUGGCUCUGUCAUGGAUACCUGCAAAGCAGCCAACCUGUAUAUGCAUUAUCCUGAAGCAGACCUACUUGAGUUUGUGAAUUCGCCGAUCGGGAAGGGCAGCGUGAUCCACAAGACAUUAUCGCCAUUGAUUGCUGUUCCAACAACAGCUGGCACAGGAAGUGAGACCACGGGGACGGCCAUCUUUGAUUACAAACCACUGAAUGUGAAGACAGGCAUUGCCAAUCGUAAAUUGCGACCCACCCUGGGAAUUGUCGAUCCACUCAACACACAGACCAUGCCCCGCCAAGUCAAAAUUGCUUCAGGUCUGGAUGUACUGUGCCAUGCGCUCGAAUCCUACACAGCCAUACCUUAUAACGAACGCACCCCCCGUCCUACUAACCCAGCAGAACGACCAGCGUAUCAAGGAUCCAACCCAAUUUCGGACAUUUGGUCCUUGGAAGCCCUUAGAUUGACUGUCAAGUACUUGGCACGAUCUGCUAAUGAUCCUUUGGAUAAGGAGGCCAAUGCUGAAAUGUGUCUAGCUGCCUCUGCUGCCGGAACUGGAUUUGGCUCUGCGGGUGUUCAUCUCUGUCAUGGAAUGAGCUAUCCCAUUAGUGGACUUAACAAAAGCUACAAACAUCCAGAGUACAAUGUCGAUCACAAGAUCGUUCCCCAUGGAAUCUCCGUGGCGGUAACAGCACCAGCAGUCUUCCGGUACACGGGCGAGGCAUGUCCUGAUCGCCAUUUCAAGGCGGCUGAGAUCUUUGGCGCAGAUGUUUCAUCCAAGGUGCGGAAGGCCGAGAGUGCAGGACCCUUAUUAGCCGAACAAUUGACAAAGUUUUUGGAGAACCUAGGCGUACCCAAUGGAUUGGAGGCCUUGGGUUACACCAAGGACGAUAUCCCAGCCUUGGUCAAGGGAACGCUGCCUCAACACCGCGUGACUAAACUGGCUCCAUUAGAAACGGGUUCUGAAGCAUUGGAGAAGAUCUUUGCAGAUGCCAUGAAGAACUAUUAA